AUGUCAGAGCUGGACAAGCCACUGCUGGAGGUUGGUCGAGCCCGCCUCGCCGAGCGCGAGGCUGAGAAGAAGCAGGUGAGCUUUGGUGAAGAAGAGAAGCGCGACAGCGACAGCGUCCGGAGCGACUCCUCGCACUGGGUGAAGGUCAGAGAAUACCUUGAUGUUCAACGUCUAAUGGAUGGCAUGGGGCGGGCACAGCUGCAUGUUGUGACGGUCGACGAGCUCAAAUUCCGGUUCUUCAGCCUCGGCCUGCAGGUUGGAGGAGGCAUUUGCAUGUUCUUCAUGUCGAUCAUCAUCAUGCUCUCGGCGUAUGACGGUUCUACGCUGCCCAUCCUCGAGCUGUCGGCGGUCUACUACUGCCUCUUCCGGGUCAAUCUGUUUCUGUGGAAGCGGUACGACAUUGACUACCGGCUCAUCCUUGGUGAGAAGCACUGCGAGUGUGGACCCCGCAUAGUCAACUGGCACCCCAACCGCUGCUGCUUCAGGAGUCGGCAGCGGCGGAAGAGACAGCGCAACAACGCAGCAAACCAGCAAUCGAGCACGGGAGCUGCAAUCGAAGAGAGCCCAAGCCUCAACCUUAGGCGCAUGCUCCUCGUUUUCGUCGGCUUCGUCCUCUAUGUCCUCGCCCUUCGUUCGCCUAAUUCUUUGUUCCUCCCGAACAAGCACGUGCCGCCCGCCGUCGUGCUCGCCAUGACACUAGCGCUCGCCUUCUGGCCGCUCAACCUCGCGCCAGAGUGGAAGGACAAGGCGCAGCGGCUCGCCCUCUUCCGCGCGCUGGGGCGGCUCCUGCUCUCUCCGAUCUUCGCCGUGCCCUUCUCCGCGACGUUCAUCGCCGACGUGCUCACCUCGAUGCCCAAGAUCUUUGUAGACAUCCUCUCAAUGGGCUGCCGCUAUGCAAACGGCUCCGCCUUCUCGAUUCACUACUCUCCCAGCAAGGGGGCUCUCGUCGGUUUCCAUGGCGACGAGUGCACUACCGCUUCGGCCUCCUUUUGGUGGGUGCACUUCCUCUUGUCGAUACUCCCCUUUUGGAUACGGCUGAUGCAGUGUGUGCGGUCGUACCUGGAGUGUGGCGAGUUGCGCUUCAUCUUCAAUGCGCUAAAGUACUGCACCUCCAUCGCAGUGGUUGCGCUGAGCUCUUUCUCAGCACAUCACUUGUUGUGGUUGGUCGUUGCCGUCGUCUCGACGAUGUACGCCUUUGCAUGGGACGUGCGGAUGGAUUGGGGACUGCGCUUGCGGCGGACAGGGCUCGACCCCAUCAUUGUGCCUUCGGGCGCGGCGCGGCGCUACUCAACUCGCUUCUACGCGUGCGCAGCGUGCGCAAAUGCGGUGGCGCGGCUCGGGUGGGCUAUCUAUAUCUCUCCACAGCAGCAGAUUGUGCAGCAGCACAUGACGCUUCUGCUGGGCUGCUGGGCGGCGAUCCGGCUCGAGUGGGAGCAGCACAAGAAUGAGGCGCACGGAGCCAAUGCCCACCCAUCGAGGGUGACCGUGGUCGCGCCGCCGAAUGUGUAG